CUAAUGUAAAGCGCAGUUCCGUUGACAAAAAUUGCUUGAACAAAAGCGAAACAAUACUAUGGCAAUUACCUCUUUUUGCUUGUAUUAGCGUACACUAAGUUAAAGAUAAUUAUCUUAGAAAAAAUUGCUUGAGCAUUGACGCUAGUAUAUAAGAUGUUAUUUUAUCCUCACCAACACAGGUAGAUACAAAAUUGGGUGGAUACAAGACGCCUGUGUUUAAAUAUAUUAUUUAAAUAAAUAAAAGCAAAAAUGUUGGGAUUCCGUUUUGCCUUGUUGUGCGUUGGAUUUUUGGCAGCGGCUCUCAAUAGUGUGGAAGCCAUAAGUCAAGCUGAAAAAAUGAAGAUCUAUGCCGUAAUGUUGCCAUCGAUCCAGGAGUGUAGCAAGGACUAUGGGGUCAGCGAGGAUGAUCUGAAGAAGGCCAAGGAAUCUGGUAACGUUGAUAGCUUGAACCAGUGCCUGUUGGCUUGCGUCUUCAAGAAGGCUGGAGUGAUAAACGACGCUGGACUAUUCGACGUAGACAAAACUAAAGAGCAUAUCCAGAAAUAUUUAUCAGACGCCGGUGAUCAAGCUAAGGCCCAGGAAAUCAUCGGAAAAUGUGUCUCAGUGAACGACAGCCCCGUCAGUGACAGCGAUGGAUGUGAACGAUCAAAGAUGUUGUUCGACUGCUUGAUCCCCUUCAGGAAAGAGAUCGACCCAACCCGUUAAACCAAAGAUAACCAAUUUGAGUAGACAAAAUAGCUUCAUUGAUUUAUUACCGUUGUUAGAACAUUGUUGCCGUUUUUAUGAUAUUCAUUAAAUAAAAUAUUGUAUUUAUCA